GGUUCCCGGAAGCAGCCUCGGAGCUGGCAGGCGGGCGCGCGUACGUGCGACCCCGGCGUAAGAGGUUGGGGGGUGUGCCCCGGGCCCGGCGGCUGUCUGCGGGGCUUCCCCCUUGAGGGCCCUCCCGGGCUCCCGGCCCGACUAUGGCGCGCAGCCUCCGGAGCUGGCUGGGCGGCUGCCUCCUGAUGUCAGCAUUAGGAAUGAUUCCACCUCCUGAAAAUGUCAGAAUGAAUUCAGUUAAUUUCAAGAAUAUUCUACGAUGGGAGUCACCUGCUUUUCCCAAGGGGAAUCUGACGUUCACAGCUCAGUACCAAAGUUACAAGAAAUUCCAAGAUAGAUGCACAAGUAUUUUGUCGACGGAAUGCGAUUUCUCAAGUCUUUCCAAGUAUGGUGACCACACCUUGAGAGUCAGGGCUGAAUUUGCUGAUGAGAGUUCAGACUGGAUAAACAUCACCUUCUGUCCUGUGGAUGACACCACUAUCGGACCUCCCAGAAUGCAAGUAGAAGCACUUGCUAAUUCUUUACAUAUGCGUUUCUUUGCCCCAAGAAUCGAGAAUGAACCUGAACCGUGGACCAUGAGGAACAUUUAUAACUCAUGGACUUAUCAUGUGCAAUAUUGGAAAAAUGGCUCUGAUGAAAAGUUUUCAAUUUCUGGUCAGUAUGACUUCGAGUUCCUCCGAAAUCUUGAGUCACAGACAACUUAUUGUGUUCAAGUUCGAGGGUUUCUUCCUGAUCGGGACAAAGCUGGGGAAUGGAGUGAGCCUGUCUGUGAGCAAACAACCAUUGACGAAACCACCCCGUCCUGGAUGGUGGCCAGCAUCCUGGCAGCCUCCAUGUGCGCCGCUCUCCUGCUACUGCUUGGCUGCUUCUUCCUGCUGCGGUGCGUUUACAGGAAGGCCAGGCAUGCCUUCCCCCCGAGGAAUUCUCUUCCACAGCACCUUAAAGAGUUUAUGAGCCACCCUCAUCACAGCACUCUUCUCUUAUUCUCCUUCCCGCUCUCUGAUGAGAAUGAAGUCUUUGACAAACUGAGCGUCAUCACAGAAGUGUCUGAAAGCUGCAAGCCGAACCCUGGGGCCGGCUGCGGUCUCAGGACCUGACAUGGGCAGGGGUCCUUCCAGCUGAUGUCCAAGGAGGGAGCACACUCAGCCGGGCGCAGUGACCCCCUCCUUGUCCUAUCUUCCCACAAGGGCAGUCAGAGAAGCCAGCCAGGGCGGGCCGAGAGCGCCUGAGUAAACCCCAGAUGGAGAGCUCACGCAGACGCCGGGACAGCAUCCACACCACCAAGGAGCUGAACUCCAAAUGCUCAUGUGGCAAAACCUUGGGAACUUGCCACUUUUUAAAGGCCUUAAUGAUUUGAAAAAAAAAUGUUGGCCACUGUGAUUUCCCUGAUGGUCCGUCCCAGUGGUUAAAAGACUCCAUGCUUCCAAUGCAGGGGACACAGGUUUCAUCCUCGGUUGAAAAAGUAAGAUCCCACAUAUCACAUGAUAUGGCCAGAAAAAAGAAAAAGGUUGAGGCUGGCCACCAGAGGUAUGAUUCUCAGUCUUGUGUAUUCACUAAUAUAGAAAGGUUUUAGGGAAUUUCCCGGCAGGCCCAGUGGUUAGGACUCCAUGCUUUCACAGCCGAGGACCGAGGUUCAGUCCCUCGUCAGGGAACUCAGACCUCACAAGCCAUGUGGCAAAAAAACAAAACCACCAAAAAAAAAAAAAGUUUUAAAUGGUUAGAAACAAAAAUAUAUAAAAUGAGGAAGAAAGACCAAGGCACUGGGGAGUCUGAGAGUGCCGACAUUCUGACGGGAGAAAUGGCGUCGACUCAGAAGUUGCUCUCACCAAGCACUGUACAGAGUGCAGACUCUGGAUUCUCAGGGACACUUGGACUGGGUUUAUUUUCCUAUGCGGACACGUUUCGUAUAAUGCUGGUGCUCAAUUAAAGCCUUACUCUCUAUUUAGUCCA